CACUUUUUGACUUUUAACCUAAAAACAAAAAUGAAAUAUUUUGGAAAACAAAAUUGUAUUUGAUUUUAAAAGAAUUUGGAUAUUAUAAACUAAAAAUAAUUAAUUUUCGAUCGUUUAAAAUAACCCCUGAGUAAUUUAAUUAGGUCUUUUCGUGGAAUAAUUAGCAUUCAAGUAAAUUUGACAGACAGAUGACUGUCCAACACUCGUGAAUAUUUUCACAAAUAUUCCUCCAAGUCUCAAUAUUCCCGUUUUCAUUCAAACCCAAAGUGGCUCUUCCUAAAAAAUGUUAAGGAUUCUAAGAGGAGUGCAAAACAAAAUCGUUCGGAAACAACUACCGGUCCCAGCCCAUUUAGUCUACAGGCCUUCGAAGUACAACAACGGCAUAACCUUAGUUUCAUGUCGAAACUACAGCUCCGAAGCCCACACCGGAGGCGGCGGGGGCCGGAAAGUCUUACUAGCAAUCGGGGCAUUAGUAGCAACCGGAGGAGCCACCUUGGCGUAUGCCAAACACGAUAGCGACUUUAGGAAAACUCUAACGGGAGUAGCUCCGUUCACCGACGACUUGAUAUCGUUGUUGUGGCGGGAGAACAGCCAGAAUAGCAAUAUAGUCGUGUCUUCGUACAAUAGUAUUAAAGAUUUAGUAACCGGUUUAGUGAAUAAAGAUGGAAGCGAUGAAAAAGAUGAUAUUUUGGCAGCUCCCGUACCGAAAUCUACCAGCGCUGUACCGGACUCUUAUCCCGUUAAACCGGAUGAGAUAAUCCAACGACAGGACGAAGACGAAGACGAUUCGAACGAAGACGAUUUAAAGAAAAUGGAUCUUCGUCAUUCAGAAUCGCCUAUUAAUAUCGUUAUAGACGUAACGCCCAAGCAAAAAGUAGAUAAACCGAACGCGUCCCAAAUCGAGCAAUCCUCGGAGAAAGCUAACGUGGAAAAACUGCGACAACUCGAACAGAAGGUGUUCGAAUCCACCGAAGAGGCCAUCAACGCUUACAGCCAAGCAGCGUUCGCUAUCAGAACGUACAAUUCGGACAUCGAACACUUCGCCGACGAGGCCCCCAACGACAUCAAAUCGGACACCUGGGAGCGCAUCAAGACCAAAACGCGAUCGAAGAUCGAGAACGUAAACAAAGCGAGGGAGAUGGAAGAACUCGCCCUGAAGAAGCUCAACGAGUUGAAGUAUUCCAUAUCGAGUCAAAAUGUCGACAUUCCCGAGUCGAGCAAACAGGCGAUACGAGACGACAUCGUGAAGGUGCAGGAGGCCCUGCAGGAGGCUCGAAAUCAACUCGAACAGGAACUGCAACGCGGUAAGGUCUCCGAGAAGUAUUGGGACAAAGUGGAAAAGGCCAGGCGGCAUUUCUCGCAGGAAUUGGAAAGUCUCUUUCCCAACAUCGAUUUGGUCAAGCGGGAUUUGUCCAUCGGCAAAGAGGAUUUGGAUUUAUUCAUAAUCCACGCGUACUCUAACGUGGUCUUCUACCAGAAGGAACUGGCCAAAAUGGAGACCAUCAUCAACGAGAAGAUCCAACAGGCGAUCGAAACGGCCCAACGAGGCGAAUACGAAGCCCUCAGCGACGCCCAAAUUCGCGAGGCUUUGGAACGCGAAAAAAGAAGGAUCAGCCUGGCCUAUCAGAGACACGUGUUGAAAAUGAAGAAGGAGCACGACGUGAAAUUCAGGGAGGCCAUGAAGAGGCAAUCGCAGACGUUCUUCGAUCAUCUCGAAGACGAGGUGAAGAAGCGCGAAACGGAAAUCGAACGGACGUUGUUCAGGAAGUUCAACGAACAAUUGGAGAACGAGAAAUCCGCGUCUAAAUUGCAAAUGGCCGCCGUCGUUGGUAGGCUUAAAGGCAUCGAUGAAGCUCUACAAGGAAGCGGCGAUGAUGUUGAUAAAGAGAAGCAUAAAAUCGAGGAGGUUGCUAAAAGAGGUCAAGUAUUGUGGAGCGCUUGUCAAUCAUUAUUGGGAGCUCUAACAAUCGGUUGUCCUGGUUUGACGUGGAAGGAUCAAAUUAGACCGUUGAGUCCCGAAAUCAAAGCCAUAGAAAAAUCUGCAGCCGAGAAAGACGAGCUGGUAAAGGCGGUGAUAAAUAGCAUUCCGACAGAAGCCCGCGAUCGCGGUGUCUACCCGGAGGACGCGUUGCGCGAGCGAUUUUUCAAAGUGGAAAAGGUGGCGAGAACGGUCGCCCUCGUUCCAGCCGAGGGGGCUCCUCUGCCCGUUCACCUACUCUCUUUCCUGCAAUCGUUGUUGCUCGUCGAAGCGGCCAGUCCCAUUCCACAGGCGGAAUUGAACGACGAGAAGAUCGACGUCAGUAAAUUUAACACCAACGAAAUCCUGCAAAGGGCUAGGUAUUGGUUGGAUCGAGGGGAUUUCGUGCAAACGUUGAAGUACAUGAAUCUAUUGAAGGGGGCUCCGAGGUGCGUGGCUGGACAAUGGAUGGACGAGGCCAGGAUAUAUUUGGAGACGAGACAGGCGGCGAAUACGCUUAUGGCGUACGCCGCCUCCGGGGGCCUUUCGUAUCUGUGAAAUGGGAUGGAAGAAAAACUGAAUGAAAAAGGCUAGUAAAUGUUUUGAGUUUUGCUCGCGAUGGUCAACUGUAAAAUUCGUCAUAGAAAUUAUUUAUUUCAAAUACAUAAGUACGUUUUAAAUGCCAAUUCCUUAUUUGUUAAAUAUUUCACUUGACUGCUCUUAAUAAUCGUUAUACUUAAAUAAAUUUUAAAAGUUUC